AUGUCGGACGCCGACUUCGAUACUGUGCGGCGCCUGCAGGCAGAGCGCAAUGCUCAAGCAGCCAGCAAGAAAGGUUCAAAGACCUUCGAUCCAUCGACUCAACGCACUGACUCAUCCACCAAGGCGUCUUUGACUGAAAGUUUUGAUACCGUUCUCUACGACCGCAAUGGCGCCGACAAGUUUGCCGGAUACCAUACGUCCCUCCCCGCCGACGGCGAAGAUGACGAGAUGCCCGACGCAGAUAGCAGUCGGAGACUCGUCGGACAAUAUACAGCGACAAAGGACCAAAUGAACGAAUUCGCCACUGGAAAUGGUGUGGAAGAAGAGGAUAUCUUACUUGGGCGUGAGAAAUCUGCCAGAAUAGCAGAUCGUGAAACUGAUUACCAGAAGAGAAGAUUUGAUCGUGGUCCUUUAACGCCAACCCGAGCCGAUCCCUUUGCUGCAAACAAGCAUGCUGGCGUCACGGAUGGUGCGACUUACCGCGAGGUCAUGCAACUGCAGGACCUGGAGCGCGAGGAAGAACGAGUUAAGAAACUCAUUGCCGAGAAACAGUCAAAUGGUGACACUGCCGAACACAGACCAACGCUCAAGGAAGAAGCAGAUAAGGAGAAUGCAGACGCUGGAUCUACUGUUGAAGCAACGGGACGCAAGCGGAAGAAGAGGUGGGAUGUAUCUUCUGAAGCCACUCCCGCUCCUGACGGCGGAGACACGAAGAAGCGCUCGAGGUGGGAUCAAGCCCCGGCCCCGGAUGGGGCGCCAGUACCAACAAAACGCUCUAGAUGGGAUCAAGCGCCUGCACUUACAUCGGCAACCCCCGUUGGUAAUGCCGGCCUGGCCACUCCAAUGCAUCCUUCACAAAUGACACAGGUUAGCUUUGGCACCGAUAUCACUGGACGAAAUGCUCCUUGGUCAGACGAAGAGCUCGACAUGAUGCUGCCUUCAGAGGGUUACACCAUUCUCGAACCACCUCCUGGAUAUGCUCCGAUACGACCUGUCGCCAGAAAAGUGGCCGCAACGCCUGCCACGGCGAGCGGUUCGGCUGGCAUAGGGGGUUUCAUGAUGCAAGAGCCGGAGAAUCCAAGGAUGCUGGGCAAGCAAUUACCCACAGAAAUCCCCGGCGUGGGUGACCUCCAGUUCUUCAAAGCUGAGGAUAUGACUUAUUUCGGCAAGCUCGUCGAUGGCGCAGAUGAAAAUGCCCUGUCAGUCGAUGAAUUGAAAGAGAGAAAAAUCAUGCGCCUGUUGCUCAAAGUCAAGAAUGGCACUCCGCCGAUGCGUAAGACUGCGCUCCGACAGUUGACCGACAACGCGCGUCAAUUUGGAGCCGGCCCUCUAUUUAACCAGAUUUUGCCAUUAUUGAUGGAAAAGUCUUUGGAAGAUCAGGAACGCCAUCUGCUCGUUAAGGUCAUCGACCGUGUUCUCUACAAACUCGAUGAUCUGAUCAGACCCUAUGUACAUAAGAUCUUGGUCGUGAUUGAGCCUCUCCUCAUUGAUCAGGACUACUACGCUCGUGUUGAAGGGCGGGAAAUCAUCUCCAACUUGGCCAAAGCUGCUGGCCUGGCUCAUAUGAUCAGUACAAUGCGGCCAGAUAUCGACCAUGUGGAUGAAUAUGUCCGUAACACUACAGCUAGGGCGUUCGCUGUCGUGGCUUCAGCCUUGGGGAUUCCGGCACUUCUUCCCUUCUUACGUGCUGUCUGUCGGAGCAAGAAGUCGUGGCAAGCCCGACACACAGGCGUCAAGAUCGUGCAGCAAAUCCCUAUUUUGAUGGGUUGCGCUGUAUUGCCUCAUUUGAAAGGCUUGGUCGAUUGCAUCGCCGACAACCUAAGUGACGAGCAAGCUAAGGUGAGGACCGUUACUUCUCUGGCAAUUGCUGCGCUGGCCGAGGCUGCCAAUCCAUAUGGCAUUGAGAGCUUCGAUGAUAUCCUCAAUCCUCUUUGGACUGGUGCCCGAAAGCAACGUGGUAAAGGGCUUGCCGGCUUCUUGAAAGCUGUGGGCUAUAUUAUCCCUCUCAUGGACGAAGAGUACGCCAACUACUACACCAGCCAGAUUAUGGAAAUUCUGCUUCGAGAAUUCGCCUCUCCGGACGAAGAAAUGAAGAAGGUGGUACUGAAAGUUGUUUCCCAAUGCGCAAGCACCGACGGCGUGACUGCUGCGUACCUUAAGGAACAUGUGUUACAAGACUUCUUCAAGAGUUUCUGGGUCCGACGAAUGGCACUUGAUAAGAGAAAUUACCGUCAGGUUGUCGAAACCACGGUUGACCUUGGUCAGAAAGUUGGCGUCAGUGAGAUUGUCGAGCGAAUUGUGAACAAUCUGAAAGAUGAGAGCGAGGCCUACCGCAAAAUGACUGUGGAAACUAUCGAGAAAGUUAUCGCUUCCCUAGGCGCUGCGGAUAUCGGUGAACGACUUGAAGAACGGCUCGUGGACGGCAUCCUCCACGCCUUCCAAGAGCAGAGCAUUGAGGAUAUUGUCAUGCUUAACGGCUUCGGUACAGUCGUCAACGCCCUAGGGACACGAUGUAAACCUUACCUCCCACAAAUCGUCAGCACAAUCCUCUGGCGAUUGAACAAUAAAUCUGCUACGGUCCGCCAGCAAGCUGCGGAUCUCAUUUCGCGUAUCGCGAUGGUUAUGAAACAAUGUGGUGAAGAUGCUCUGAUGGGCAAGCUCGGUGUCGUCCUCUAUGAGUACCUUGGGGAAGAGUAUCCCGAAGUCUUGGGAUCUAUUCUGGGCGCACUCCGAUCCAUUGUCACCGUGGUGGGAAUCAACCAGAUGCAACCACCGAUCAAGGACCUUUUGCCGCGUCUAACUCCCAUCCUGCGUAAUCGCCACGAAAAAGUCCAGGAGAACACGAUUGAUCUUGUUGGACGUAUUGCGGAUCGAGGUCCUGAAUCCGUCAAUGCCAGAGAGUGGAUGCGUAUAUGCUUUGAGCUUUUGGAUAUGCUGAAGGCACACAAGAAGGGAAUUCGUCGAGCUGCCAACAACACUUUCGGGUUUAUUGCCAAAGCUAUCGGUCCACAGGAUGUUCUCGCGACCCUUCUCAACAAUCUACGUGUUCAAGAGCGGCAAUCUCGCGUUUGUACUGCGGUGGCUAUUGGUAUUGUCGCCGAAACAUGCGCACCUUUCACUGUCUUGCCGGCAUUGAUGAACGAGUACCGCGUUCCCGAACUCAACGUGCAGAACGGCGUGUUGAAAUCGCUGAGUUUUCUAUUCGAAUAUAUUGGUGAAAUGGCCAAGGACUAUGUCUACGCCGUUACGCCUUUAUUGGAGGAUGCACUCAUUGACCGGGAUCAAGUCCACCGACAAACCGCAGCUAGUGUGGUCAAACACGUUGCGCUUGGUGUUAUGGGUCUUGGGUGUGAAGACGCAAUGGUCCAUCUCCUGAACCUUCUCUACCCCAACCUAUUCGAGACGUCACCGCACGUCAUUGAUCGGAUCAUCGAGGCCAUUGAGGCAAUAAGAAUGGCGGUUGGUACCGGCAUUGUGAUGAACUAUGUGUGGGCAGGACUGUUCCAUCCAGCGAGGAAAGUUCGCACGCCGUACUGGAGGUUAUACAACGAUGCAUAUGUGCACAGCGCAGAUGCAAUGGUGCCCUAUUAUCCGAACUUGAAAGAGGAUGGCUUACCGAGAGAUGAGUUGUAUAUCAUGGUGUAA